AGUUGCAUUUCGUCCGUGACGUUCUUCCAGUUGUGCUGCGGUAAGGAGCCGGAUUAAAUUGUUUUUAUUGAGUUUCAAGUGAAUUCAACGCUAGCUGUAAAAACUACGCAGCUUUUAUAUAUAAUAUACAUCACUAGCAGACAAUUGUAGCAAAGGCGGCGGCCAAUUCAAGCAACAUGGGCAACAUACACACAACUGGCCCGAACGAGGCGUUAAUUGUUUCAGGUGGCUGCUGUGGCUCUACGAAGAAGCGCACCAUAGUCGGCGGCUGGGCAUGGGCCUGGUGGUUGGUAACAGAUGUGCAACGUCUCUCUUUAAACGUAAUGACUCUUAAUCCGAUGUGCGAGAAUGUGGAGACCGCUCAGGGUGUACCGUUAACAGUUACCGGUGUGGCUCAAUGCAAGAUUAUGAAGUCAUCUUCGUAUAAAAAUAAAGAUUACUCUAAUGACGAGGCCGAUGAGCUGCUGGGCACCGCCAGCGAACAAUUUCUGGGCAAGAGCGUCAAGGAGAUUAAGCAAACCAUUUUGCAAACCCUUGAAGGACACUUGCGCGCCAUAUUGGGAACUCUUACAGUCGAAGAGGUUUACAAAGACCGCGACCAAUUCGCUGCGCUGGUGCGCGAGGUGGCCGCCCCUGAUGUUGGUCGCAUGGGCAUCGAGAUACUCUCGUUCACCAUCAAGGAUGUCUACGAUGAUGUCCAGUACUUGGCCUCGUUGGGCAAGGCCCAGACGGCGGUGGUGAAGCGCGAUGCCGACGCGGGCGUGGCCGAGGCCAAUCGUGAUGCGGGCAUACGCGAGGCGGAGUGCGAGAAGAGCGCCAUGGAUGUCAAGUACUCCACUGACACCAAAAUCGAGGAUAAUACGCGCAUGUUCAAGCUGCAGAAGGCGAACUUUGAUCAGGAGAUUAAUACGGCCAAGGCCGAGUCGCAGCUCGCCUAUGAACUGCAGGCGGCAAAGAUUCGCCAGAAGAUACGUAACGAGGAGAUUCAAAUCGAUGUUGUCGAGCGACGCAAACAAAUCGAGAUUGAGUCACAGGAAGUCCAGCGCAAGGAUCGUGAGCUCAUUGGCACCGUCAAGCUGCCGGCCGAGGCUGAGGCCUAUCGCGUGCAGACCAUUGCCCAGGGCAAGCAAUGCCAGACCAUUGAGGGCGCCCGUGCCGAGGCGGAGCGCAUACGCAAGAUCGGCGCUGCAGAGGCGCACGCCAUCGAGCUGGUGGGCAAGGCGGAGGCGGAACGCAUGCGCAUGAAGGCAAAUGUCUAUAAGCAGUACGGCGACGCUGCCAUCAUGAACAUUGUGCUCGAGUCACUGCCCAAGAUUGCUGCUGAGGUGGCCGCUCCGUUGGCCAAGACGGAUGAGAUUGUCUUGAUUGGCGGCAACGAUAAUGUGACCAACGAUGUGACGCGUCUGGUGGCGCAACUGCCGCCGUCGAUUAAUGCGCUAACGGGCGUCGAUCUGUCCAAGGUGCUGGCGAAAAUACCCGGCGCCAAGGCGUGAAAUCUGCUGGAAUGGGAUGUGCAACAAAUGGCGGCGAUGAUGACGAACAACGUAACGUAACGUAAAAUGAAAAACGGAAUUGUAACUGUAAUUGAUGGGAGAAAUGAGAGAAAUGAAAGCGAGCGCUGUAUAACGAAAAUGACAGAGAUGGCCUGACAGUGAAAGCGAGAUAGUGACAGUGACAGAGACAGAGACAAAACGCAAGAAAGAAAGAGAGAGAGAGAGAGAGAGAGAGCGAGCAGGCGAGCGAGCAAGCAAAUCGAACACAGCAUCAUCAUCAAAAAA